AUGGAACAGUUAGCUGGCCUCUCAGACCGUCAGGGACAAAGACACCACCUUCCCGUGGAGAGAUCGUCGUGUGAAGGCCUCCGAGGAAGAAUGAAAACACCCUGCAAGGAGAUAUGCAGAUUCGUGGCCAGCCCCGUGGGGAAAAUAGAAAUCUCGGCGUGUGACAAUGGGGUGCAUGAAAUCAAGCUCCCCCCAAAACCCACUCUGAAGGCUGAGAGCCGCUCAGAGACCCCGCAGGACCCCAAGGAGGAGUGGGUCACGGGGCCGACGAGCAAGCCCCUGGAGCAGGCCGCCUCCUGGCUGAGAGCUUACUUCUGGCAACCCGAGGCCCUGGACUCCAUGCCGCUCCCUGACUUCCAUCACCCCCUCUUUGAGCAAGAUUCCUUCACCAGGAGGGUGCUGCUGGCAUUGCUGGAGCGGGUGAAAUUUGGGGAAACCGUGUCCUACCAGCAACUGGCGCAGCUGGUGGGCCGCGACCAGGCGGCCCGGGCCGUGGGAGGAGCGAUGCGUGGAAAUCCGAUCGCCAUCAUGAUCCCGUGUCACCGAGUGAUUCUCAGCAGCGGCAAGAUCGGGAACUACGGGGGAGGCACAGCGACCAAAGAAUGGCUCCUGGCCCACGAGAGACGCCCCAAGGCCCAGCUUUCCCGCCCAACUGGGCGCGGCACGGCUCCAACCUCAUCCAACCCCUGAUCCCCUGGAGAAGAGUCUCCGGUUCUUCGGCCGCGGCAAUAUCUGAGCGACACGUCAUUGUAACGCGGCCUCCGGAGUGAAAUGUGCAGUUUCCAGAUUACAUUAAAAACGCCGGCCGGGUCCUGAGGGGAGCCGAGCCGACAUCUUACAGCGGA